AUGACAGUCUCCUUACGUCUGCAAGUAUGCAGUAUUGUUGUAUUUAUAGCCUCCUAUACUUCAUCAUUCCAUCACAAUAGCCUGAAGCCACGCUACCAACUUGGACCCAGCAUCUUUCAACCACCUUUCAACAAGAAUCACCAGUAUGAUGGCAUCCUUCUUAGGUCAUCAACUUUGGAACCUGAAGCAGCUCAGGUAUAUGGGAUAACAGCAAGUGGUGAACCUUGUAAGCGAUGUCAGAAGCUUGGAGAGUUUUGCUGGCAGCACAAAUGGCAAGAAACUGACAAAUCAUCAGAGAACUCAAUGGGUAUUUUCUCCGAUUCCAAAACGACACUUGCUCUGUGCUUGAGUAGUUGUGCCAAGAGAAAAGCAUGCGUCUACGCAAUCAUGGGUCUCUUGACUGUACUGACGACGAUGAGUCUUGCCUUUCGGAACUAUGUACCAAGGUCAAGUGUCACUCAAUCUAUCAAAACGGUCUCCACACAAGUUUUGAAGCAACACAAUGUCACUGCUUCCAUUCUGAGGCUACUGCCGCUGGGUGCUUUUGCAUUCGGGCUCGCCUUUCUUAAGUUUCUGAUGGGACGCAGAGUUGAUACGGUGGAUCUGCUCCGAACUGUCGACAGUACUGUGCAAAAAGUUCGAUACGUCGGGGAUCUACCAUCAUUUCAGACACCGUUGUCGCGAUUUGAACCUGAACCUGUAGCUUCCUCCAGCACUGGAUCGAGACAAGCAAUGAAAGUGCCAACAAGGCAAAAGAUUUUUUAUGGCCGUCCCGCGUCUCAGCUCAUGGCAAGAAACAAUGACGAUAGUGACUCGGAAAGUAUGGACAAGAACAAUGACACUGGAGACUUCACAACAAUGGACGCCAUCAAGGGUGCCAUCCCACUACUAGUUCUUGUAGUACUGGCUUCUAAGUUUGAGACCUUCCUUCAUCUCUCUCAGGUCUUGAAGGCCAACGUUAACCCAACUUACAUAAGAGACACGAUGGUUCCAAUUUUGGACAGACUGAACGGCGCUGGCACAAAAGGACAAGUGAUAUAUACAUUAUCUCUGGUGUUGUGGACCAUGACCGUGGGAGUCACAACGCCAAUAGAAACAGCUGCUGGUAUAGCGUUUGGUACAAAAAAAGGAAUCGUAUGCAAUGCACUCGGAAAGACCGGUGGCGCAGUCCUAAGUUUUGUUCUCGGACGCUAUUUUCUGUACAAAUAUGUCCGAAGCAAACUUAAAGAUAACGAGCUUCUCGGCCUCGUUGAAGAAUCAAUUGAAGAGAACCCACUGGGAGUGUCUUUGAUGAUGAGAUUUGCUCCAUUGCCGGAAUUUGCAAAGAAUUUUGGCCUGUCCAUUCUGAAAGUACCAGCACGGUGGUUUGCAGUCGCCGUCCUACUGCAUGGAGUUCCAUUCACUUGUUUAUGGACAUCCGUUGGUGCCGAGACCGCAUCGGUAAUGAGAGGCGGAGCUCCAAGCGCUACACUCAAAAUACUCAUGACAGGUGUUGCAUGGUUUGGGCUUAUUUCUCCAACAGUGAUUGGACUUUGGAUCAACAGUCUAAGGAAGAAACGUAUUGAAAGAGAAGAGGGAAAUGCGGCUUAA